AAUGGUGUAUCUGGAUCGACGGACUGAGGGAUCGUCAGACCUAGAGCCGGCUGUCACCUAAUCGCUAACGGCGUCCGUACAGGCGCCGACCUUCGAUGGAACGAAGGGUACUUUCCAGGAUUGAGGUCAACUAUCCCCGGGCAUGUUGUCAUGAAGCAACCGAGGCUUGUCGUAUGUAGCUGUUAGGUGAGGAAACAAGGCUGAUCCUAGAUGAACCCUUUCGACAGGGUCUGAUUCCAAUGACGGUGGCUGUCCACAACGUUAAGGCUGGGCAGCUAUGGGAGUUGGCAGGGCUAGGAUCCAACGGCGAUUGGGGAGAUAGAAAUCGGAUGUUGAUAGAUCGUGAGUUGAUGGGCAUCGAUGUUGAAAGAGGGCGUGUGGCAGACCCUUACUCGGCGCCCGCUGUCAAGGAUAUGCUCACUUACGUGCUUAUGAAUUGUUUUGGGGGAAAUGGCCCGUCAUCUGCGGGGCACAAAUGCGAGGACUGGUUCCCCAAGUAUGAGCAGGGACAUCUUGUGUCGCCGUGUCGCGACGGUUUUCAUCAUGGGGGAUGGUCAGCGAAGCGAAGCGUCCCACGAUCCGCCCGGGAAUGGGUGUCCCCGGUGGGAACCCGUCUUCUAGGCUCAGAGUCGGGGACGUCAAUCGCACGGCUGGUCCAAUCUUUACCCUGCACCCAUUGCGCGGGCUAUCGUUGUUCUGAAUGUCUGCAGUAGAGUAGAUUGGUAUGAGGUGGAGUGAAAUCGGAGCGUGCAUGCAACGUGAAUGCAAGUUCCA